AUGCAACCAGCGUGGGUGACCAGUUCAUCGCCCUCCGCAACUCCAUUGCCUUCAACUUCACCCUACAGACAGACAACUCUCCUCAGUCUGCCGCCCGAGGUGAGGAAUUUGAUCUACCGCUACGCUUUCCAACAAGAUGAGCCCUUGCGACUACGAUGUCCGUCGCAACGACGGCUACGCCCAUCGCGACCGCCCAAGGACGACACCCGGGCAUUUCUGGAUUCCUGCCACCUCGUCCGCUCUGAAGCCCUGUGCUUGUACUACAGUCUCAACUCGCUUGUUUUCCGCUCAACACAACACUUGCUUUCGUUUAUAGCCGAUACGGGAAUUCACCCAUGCAUCAAAUCGUCUCUCGCGCAUGUCGCUGUCGAUUUUGGCGAUGCGACCGACUCCGACGCGUUUCUCAAAGACCACAUUAUUCUUGUCGACACAUGCGUGGGCAGUCUCCCCCGUCUAAAGGCUUUGGAAACCCGCUUCUACGCGCGCACGAUGGACGCAUGCUCCUUGCAGCAUUUCCAGACUCUCGCCCUCGCCCUGGACGGUCUUGAUGCCGAGAUGAACGCCCCGCCGUCGCCGAGAUCAUCUCGCUCGUCGCGCAGGAGCUCCCGGCAAAGUUCCGUGUCAAGUCAUCGCGCGUCGUCACCUGUCUCCGAGGCCAGCAGCAUCUGUUCCACUCCGAUGGAACUGGUUUGUGAGCCUGAGUCGAUCGAACCCGAACAAGACCAACCCGAGCCAGAAUUCGACAUGUCGGCUAUCCAAGCCGAGGUUCUGGAACAGUAUUGUUUCACCCCUUCGGCAGCGGUGGCGUUUGCCUCGUCCAAGCUCAAAUUCUCUGUCGCCGCGUCCUCGCACGAAUAUCCCGGCGCCAAGCACGACAAACUAAUAUGCUACAACCUGCGCAUCAGCGCCGACGGGGUCCGCAGCGCCCUCGGCGACGCGAAGGAGGCUGUCCAACAGCGCUUGACGCGAGUCGGCAUGCUUCCUCGACGGCUGAGUGAAAUGUACGACGUCAGUGCCGACGGCGGUUUUCACCAACGCGUACGCGCCACCAUCGCCUCUUGUGCCAGAAUUGAUGUCGGCGUGUCGUGA